AUGACUGGACAACUCAGCAGAGCAGACCUCAUCCGAGGCCUGGAUGCCAGGGUGCUGGAUGCUGAGCUGAGCAUUGUGGAACAGGCAGAUUGGAGGCCCAUUGGCGAGUGCACAGUAUUGGUGCGUGCGGCGGCUUUCACGUUUGGAGAACACCACAAAAUGGAGCUGUUUCUGAGCAAGGAUGAAGACAGCAGCAGCAAUGAUCAUGAGGGGCGGAUCAAUGUGGCAGCGGCUGACGUACUUAUCGAGGGCGGGACUUGGUACAAGCCAGGAAGGCAUGCCACAAUCUGGAGGGCUGGUGCUGAGUCAUCCCUACCCACCUGCCAGUUCCUGGCCUGA